CUGCUCGCCUUCACCGCGCUGCUGGGCUAUCAUCACCGCGCUGCUGUGUGCCCUUCCAGCCAAGCUCUUCGCGUGUCGACAGCUGGCCGCGCAACGAGCACCAUGGCGAGCUCGCUCGGCGACGCUGGCAUCACCGGCACCACGCUAGAGAUGCUGGCGGCCAAGAAGACGGGUCCGAUGCCGUGCGGCAGGAGCUGGAAGGGUCUGCCGGUCCCAUUCUUCUUCCGCGAAGACUCGGCGGAGGCGUUCAAAGCCCUCGACAUGCGGCCGGACGAUGUCGUGUGCAGCUCGCCCGUCAAGGCGGGCACGUCGUGGCUGCACAAGAUCCUGACUCUGCUGCUGCACGGCUUGGACGACGAGGGCAGGCCGAUCCCAGUGUCCAGCCCGGUCGUCGAAUCGCUCCUCAAGAUGCAGAUCUACCCAGAGGCCUGCCCGAUGGAGCCUCCGGCCGAGCCGGUGCCAAUCGCCGGCCUGGUCAGUUACCCUCUUCUCGUGGGCAUGCCGGCGCCGCGGCUCUUCACGACCCACCUGUUUGGCGACCUCCUGCCCGCGCGGCUGAUGGAGCCUGCCGGCACGGGCAGGCUGAUCGUGUGCCUGCGCAACCCAAAGGAUGUCCUCACCUCGCUCCACUUCUUCCGCGGCGAGGCCAAGGACGGCUGGCGGGGCAACGAGCACGGCCUCCAGGGCCCGGGGUCGCUCCCGCGCUUCUGCUCGCCGCAAUGCCCGAACGCGUACGGCAGCGUUUUUGAGUGGAUGCUCGCGACCGAGCGCGCCAUCGCACCGCUCGCCGCGUCGGGCCGCGUCCUGGUCGUCUACUACGAGGACCUCAAGCUCGACCUCGAGGCGCGGCACGACCGCAUCGCCCGCCUCUCCAGGUGCCGUCCACGAGCCUUCCGCGAACCUUCCAUACAGGCGCAGCUCGACCGGAUCGCCGCCUUCCUCGGCCGGCCGCUCACGCCCGCGAAGCGCGCCGCGCUCGCCGAGGCGGUCUCGUUUCGGAGCAUGGCGGGCCACGUGACGCAGCGCAAGGGCGAGGUCGGCGACUGGAAGAACCACCUCGACGACGCGGCGUGGAAGCUCGUCGACGACACGGUCGUUGAGACGGGCCUCGCCGCGUGCGCGCUGUACGCGCCGCUCGCGCGGUACGCGAGGCGGUGAUGCUUCAGGCAGUUUCGCUCUGUUGUGUGCAUGCAUGUACCGUGAGCGCGAGAGCCGAGAGCCCCUGUCUCUGCCACUAUACCGUAUACGACAGCUCAGCGUGUCUGAGAACUCAGAGUACAGAGACUG